AUGUCGGUUUUUAGAAGUUUCUUUGAAGUAAGUUUAAUAUUUUUUAUUGAAAUAGGUCAUUAAUAUAAUAGAAAAUUGAUAAAUUAGAUAAGGCCUGGCUCUUAUGGCACUAUUUUUUCUAAAAUCAAGACCAGUUUGGUACUAUUUUUUGUAAAAACAGGCCUGGUACCAUUUCUUUAUGAAAUCAGUUCUGUUAUGGUAUAAUUCUGUUAAGUAGGACACGUAUAGUACUGUUUUUGUUUUUCAUACUAGUAUGGUACUAUUAUUCCCAAGCUCAGUACUACUAUAGUGCUGUUUUUACUAAAAUUAGGAUCAGUAUAAACCUAUUUUUCUAAAAUCAGAACCAUCAUAGUACUAUUCUUGACAAAACUAUGACAUUACUUCCCCCACCCCUUAUGCUAUUAAUAAUAACAUUGUUUUAGUUAAUCGUGUUCACCUGCAAUCCAAGUUACGAGGGCGCGAUGUUGAAUGAAAACUUCUACUUGGACGUGAAUUUCAUUUUCAUUGGGAUGAUAGCAUUUAUCCUUUCCCUAAUCUGUUGCACGAUGAACUCAUUUAACUAUCUUGACCGCAAAGUAGACGUAAGUCCAUUUUCUUAAAUUCAAAUGGAAAACAAUCAUUUUUGCCUUCAUUUUCAAUGCAAAAUGACAACUUUUUAAACUUGAAAACCGUAAAAUCAUAAAAAAUACUCGUUUCCAAUGAAAAAUCUCAAAAUUUCGAUUUAGGAUCCUCGCGACAACUUUCUCAAGUCCCUUUUCUGCUACUUUAGUCCAGAUUUCCGUGCCUAUCGUCGACAACAAGUGAUAAUCAAUGAAGAAGGCAGAGAGUAUGGCAUCGACUGGGAGGAAGAAGCAGAACGAGAGAAAAAAGAACGGAAAUUGAAAAAAGACUUGGUCUGA